ACUGAAAAAAAGAGUAGUAUAAUUCUUACACUCGGACAGAAAUUUCGGGCGAACAUCAACAGCAGCAGUUUGGUUGAUAAAUUUUGGGAGGUUGAGUAUGGCUCAGGACACUGUUCCAAUAAGUGCUGACUCACCAAGGAGGCGAUCUGGGCUAUUAAGAGAUCAAGUUCAGUUAGUAAAGAGAAAGGAUAGCGAUCGGUACGAGAUAGCUCGAAUACAAGAUCCAUUGUCAUUUGAGAAAGGGUUUUUUGUGUUUGUACGUGCAUGCCAAUUAUUGGCUCAGAAGAACGAAGGGAUGAUAUUGGUUGGUGUAGCGGGGCCCUCCGGUGCUGGAAAGACUGUCUUUACCGAAAAGAUACUCAACUUUAUGCCUAGCAUCGCUAUUAUCAAUAUGGAUAACUAUAAUGAUGCAUCCCGUAUCAUUGAUGGCAACUUUGAUGAUCCGCGAUUGACAGACUACGACACUCUGCUUGAGAACUUAAAUGGUCUGAAAGCAGGAAAUCCUGUCCAAAUCCCCUUGUAUGAUUUUAAGUCUAGCUCUCGCGUAGGCUACAGAACUUUGGAAGUUCCAAGCUCUCGAGUUGUUGUGAUUGAAGGAAUAUAUGCAUUGAGCGAAAAGUUACGUCCUUUACUUGAUCUCCGUGUUUCUGUUACUGGUGGAGUCCACUUUGACCUAGUCAAACGUGUUCUGAGAGACAUUCAGCGUGCCGGACAGGAGCCUGAAGAGAUAAUUCAUCAGAUAUCCGAAACUGUAUAUCCCAUGUACAAAGCUUUUAUAGAGCCAGAUCUGCAAACAGCACAUAUCAAAAUCAUUAACAAAUUCAAUCCAUUCUCCGGAUUUCAAAACCCAACGUAUAUAUUAAAGUCAACAAGAGCAGUGUCUGUGGAUCAAAUAAAGGCUGUACUUUUGGAGGAUUAUAAAGAAAGUAGAGAGGAAACUUAUGAUAUAUAUCUUCUCCCACCCGGUGAAGAUCCCGAAGCAUGCCAAUCUUAUUUGAGGAUGAGGAACAGAGAUGGAAAGUACAAUCUCAUGUUUGAGGAAUGGGUGACUGACAGCCCUUUUAUUAUAUCACCAAGAAUUACUUUCGAAGUGAGUGUGCGACUUCUCGGUGGACUGAUGGCAUUAGGAUAUACAAUUGCAUCCAUACUCAAAAGAAGCAGCCAUGUUUUCUCAAAUGAUAAAGUCUGUGUCAAAACUGAUUGGCUCGAGCAACUUAAUCGCAAAUAUGUCCAGGUACAAGGAAAAGAUCGUUUAUAUGUAAAAUAUGUUGCUCAGGAGCUGGGCUUGGAUGGUUCAUAUAUUUCACGAACAUACAUUGAACAAAUUCAGUUGGAGAAACUCAUAAACGACGUCAUGGCACUGCCAGAUGAUUUGAAGUCGAAGCUGAGCAUAGAUGAGGAUAUGGUUUUAAGUCCUAAAGAAGCUCUAUCCCGAGCCUCUGCAGAUAGGAGAGUCAAGUUCCUUAACCGUGGGAUUUCUCAGUCGUACUCGACACAGCGAGAUAAAAAUAUAAGCAAGCUGACAAAACUAGCUGUUAACAAUAGAAGAUAUGAUGGAAGAACCCCUGUUUCACCCGCUGCACAUGCUAAUGAGGGCAUUGUUACGCAGCUAUCGGAACAAAUAUCGACACUGAACGAGAGGAUGGACGAGUUUACAUCACGAAUAGAACAACUCAACUCUAAAAUUUCAAUUGGGAAACUGUCUGCUGUUAGCCAGCAAAGUUUGGCUCCUGAGGCAUGCAUUAAUGGUCCAUUGGCUGCUUCGGUUCUACCCAAUUCCUCCUCGUAUUCUCAAUUAGCAAGGGACUCCCCUUUCAUGGAAGAGGUAUUAGUAAUUGCUCGUGGACAACGGCAAAUAAUGCAUCAGAUAGACAAUCUGAGCAGUCUCCUACGCGAAUAUUAUGGAGAAAGGUCUAAUAAUCGAGGAAGACCAAAUCAGACGAGCGGAGGAGUAAUAGACGAUGGAUCCAUUGGGGUUCCUUUACUUGUCGUCUCUUUGGCUGCUGUUGCUGGUAUAGGAAUCCUCUUGCUCAAGACUGUGUCGUUUCAUAAGUAAAUUGUUGUCUAUGCUACCUUUUUUACUGUUGUUGGUGUGGGCUUUUUGUUGUGUGUAUAUAGAAUUUGUAAUGGAGAUGGAGUAUGAUAAAUGUAUGUAUGAUUUCAUUUUAUUUGAAUUUUUAUUUUCCUUU